AAGUGGCCGAUUUGCGCGUUGAAAAAUUACUAUUAGAAGAGAAAGUUAAAGCGUUGGAAACUGAGUGCAAAAAACAAGGUAAAAGCAGAGAACAUUUAGAAAAGACCAAGGAACAAUUAACCAAGAUCAUUGGCAAACAAAAGGAGUUAUCAACGGAAAUAAAUUUGUUAAAUAAAGAUCCAGAAAAAUCAAAAGAAGAGUUGCGCAGAUUGGUUAACAAAGUUAAAGAUAAACUAGAUGCUGGAAAAGCACCAGGAGGCAGUCAACUAGGAAGAAUUGCUGAACUAAUUAGAAAGUUAGAAGAAAGUAUAAAUAGUUAUCGUCAAGACAAGAUUUCAGAAGAAAUGUUAUUAAAAAUGUCAUUAAGAAACAAAAAACAAGAAUUAACUUGGAAAAUAAUUGAUUCUACUAAUUUGUCUGAGAAUAACAAUAAUAAGGAAAAAAUCCGUGAAAAAGCCGAAGAAUUGUUUCGAAUAAUUAGUUCACGAGAGAAAGUAUUCUCCAAGUCUGAAGAAGAAACUAAGCAGCAGUUAGAUAACAAAAAAUGGGAACUUGGCAACGUAAAAACUAAAGAAAGCAGGCUUCUCAUUAAAAAAACCAAACUUGAACUAAAAGGAAAAAAAGAAGAAUUAAACCAACUUCGUGAUAAUAAUAAUAUUAAGUUUAAUGAAACCUUAGAUAAUUUACUAAGUGCACAAACAGCAGUUAUCAGAGAAAACAGUUUCUAUGCUAAAGAUCUACUUGUUAUUCAUAAGAAAAAAGCCGAAGAAUGUUUCUCUGGCAACAAAAAGAAAGUGGAAAUAAUUUGCCAAAAACAAACUGAGAUUACUAAAUUAGAAAUGCAGUUAGAAAAGUUGGAAACUGAGUUAAAUGAUUUUAAAGAGAAAAAUAUCAAAAGCGUUUUGCUAAUUGGAGUUUACCAACCCCAAAACCUAAAAAAAGUAACUGCUAAAAUUAAAGAAUCUCUGAUUAAAAAGAAAGAAUUAGAGCAAAAACUUGUUAACUUAAAGAAAACUGAGAAACAACAAGUAAAAGAGUUAAAAAGUGAAAUACAAAAAGAAAGCAAGAAUAUUAGGCAAUAUCUAAAAGAAAUAAGUUGGAAUAAUGUGGCUACUACGACUCAAACAGUAGCCGGAGUAGCUAUUAAUGGAGUAGAAGCAGGAGAAAAGUUUAAGAAUUGCAUAGACUCUUACAAUAAUGUCUAUUACAAUUUCUUACUUAACUUUGACUUCGCUAACAAUAUUGACAUAAAUAGUGGUAAAGUAUUAGGUGUUUGUUGUGAUAAUAUAAAAUGUUCUCCAGUAGUAUUUGGAGUAGCUUGUCCUGCUGGCAAUAAAGGAUUUGCCUGUAAUAAACUUAAUCAAGAAAUAUUUUGUUUUAAUAUAGGUUGUGGAGGUAUCAUUGGCAAUAAUUUAAUUACCGGUAGCACUACUUUGGGUAAUAAAUGCCCCAAAGACCUUGUGACUAUUUCUAAUUAUCUUGAUACUAUUACUCCACAAGGUCUAGCUAAAGGGAUUGAAAAGAAAGAAGUAGGAGAAGUAAAUACAGCACUUAAUGAUUUAAGGGACAAAACUAAAACAUUUUUAGACAAUAAGGAAAAAGGAGGAAAAGCACCAGGAGGCAGUCAACUAGGAAGAAUUGCUGAACUAAUUAGAAAGUUAGAAGAAAGUAUAAAUAGUUAUCGUCAAGACAAGAUUUCAGAAGAAAUGUUAUUAAAAAUGUCAUUAAGAAACAAAAAACAAGAAUUAACUUGGAAAAUAAUUGAUUCUACUAAUUUGUCUGAGAAUAAUAAUAAUUUAGAAGAUACUAAAUUAGAAAUGCAGUUAGAAAAGUUGGAAACUGAGUUAAAUGAUUUUAAAGAGAAAAAUAUCAAAAGCGUUUUGCUAAUUGGUAAAAUUAGAAGUGGCAAAUCUGCUCUUGCUAAUGUUCUUGUCAACACAGCCAACGAACUUAAAGAAGUUUUUAAAGAAAGUUCUAGCACAGUUAGUGUAACUCAGGACGUCCAAUUCGCCGAAUUCGAAACUGAAGAUAGCAAAUAUCAAGUGAUCGAUGUUCCUGAUUCUUUUGACCGCGAAGAAAUCAAAAAAUACAACUUAUUAAAACAAAAAAUUUUUGGAGAAGAUAUUACUAAAUACGUUACUAUUAUUCGCACUAAGUUUGCUGAGUUUGACCAAGAUCAAGAUAAAGAAGACGAUAUUGAAGAAAUGAUUAAGAAUGGCGGUGAACAAUGCUCCUCGGUCAAACGAAGUAAAUCCAGAAAAAUAUUAUUAAGUCAUCUUGAAAACAAUUGUCAAGGAGUUUACCAACCCCAAAACCUAAAAAAAGUAACUGCUAAAAUUAAAGAAUCUCUGAUUAAAAAGAAAGAAUUAGAGCAAAAACUUGUUAACUUAAAGAAAACUGAGAAACAACAAGUAAAAGAGUUAAAAAGUGAAAUACAAAAAGAAAGCAAGAAUAUUAGGCAAUAUCUAAAAGAAAUAAGUUGGAAUAAUGUGGCUACUACGACUCAAACAGUAGCCGGAGUAGCUAGUGUAGUAAUAAGCAUUGUGCCUCUUUGCCGAAUAAUGUAG